AUGCCGGAGAGAUCUCCUAAAGAGGGCUCGACCACGCUGUCACCAUCAUUUGGGGGGAGAAGGAAAGAGCUGAACACUCACUGGAGGCCUUGAGUGUAGUCGAGCAAGGAAGGAAGAAGUUUGUUGAUCACUGGAGAUGUCGAUCGCAUGAAAAGAGGGAAGAACAGAUUGUCAUAUUCGCAACUACUAUCGGGAUUUUAAAGAUAAUUGAUAAUAUCUAUUUACCAGAAAAUAAUUAAUUAUUAUCUUUAUAUCCCUAAGGAUGAUAUGUGUGAAAACUUAAGUUCCCAAUAUCGUGGCUCUCCAUGAGUUGCUAGAUCAGAUGAGCCUGGUCACGUGGCGCUCUGAGCGACGUAAGAUCAAUCCGUUGCGAACUAUUGUCGAUCGGGAACUUAAGUUCUAGUACCGUGGUGCCUUCAUAGUUGUUGGAUCAGCUUUUAA